UUCUAUUUUCUCUAAUCUGUGAUCUCACCUCACUUCUAUUUUAAGAAACAAAAAUGAGAAAAUUCAAAUUUCUAUUGUUUUUAUUAAGUUUUUCUGUUUAUUAUAUUAGUAGUGAAAAGCAGACAGGUCCAGAUCCUUGGGAUGAUGAUACUUAUACAAUACCUGUCGUGAAUGAUAAUGUUCCUCCUGAUUUAAGAUAUGAACCAAGAAAGAAUAUCCGUAAAGAAAAUGUUCUUGGAAUUAGUGAUAUAUUUUUUAGAAGAAUGCUCGCAAUAAUGCUGAAAAGUGGCCAGAGUAAGGAAAAUGAAGAUGGCAGUAUUGAUAUUGUUUUACAAAUGAAAUUUGAUGCAGAGAGAUGGGCCAUUUUGGAGAAUCUUCUGAAAUCAGACUCAGCUAUUACGGAGACAAGUCUGCGACGCUCCAUGGGAUACAUAGAAGAGGCAGUAUACAAAUCCACUAUAUUAGACAAAAUAAAAAUGGCAUGGAGUGAUUACAUUCAAUAUUAUCUUGUAGAGUACAGGACAUGUAUCACAUGGACUCUGGGGUUGUUAGGAGUGUCAAUCACAUUCUUAUGGCUAUGGAACCACAUGUCUCACAGGCAUGUGCUAAUAUUAAUAUUUGUUGCCCUGUACCUAUAUGAGGUGUUUGUAUCAUACAAGGAAGCAGAACAACAAGAAGUGAAGCAAUUUUUAUCGGCUCUACAAAGCUGCAAAUGGCAGUUCUGGAAGAGUGACUGUGAAAUUCCACCGCCAGAUAUCGUUCUUUUCAUGAAAUACAUGAAUCCUUUAAAAAUAGCAUUAAGGAUGUUCACUUCUAUAAUAUCAGAACCAAUGAUUGCUCUCAGUGACACAGUAAAGACUAUGGUUACCGGAAUUACUGAUGGCCUGUGGUUCCCGUUUGACAAAAUAGUUUAUGGUAUUCUAAUUCUGUCUUUUAACUCUUUACUGGUGGUGCUCCUCAUAAUGAUACUCUUUAAUUAUAUUCUCAACAUUCCAUUUAAUUUAAGUUUCUGUGGUUUAAUGAGUAUUGGAGUAACACAACGUAAUAGAACAUUACUGACGCAAAGAAACAAUGAAUCCCGUGCAGAACAAAUUGAAAGUGCUGACAGAAUCAGUGGCGCCACGCUGGACAGGUUCCUCGACGUGGUUUCGCGUGCUCUAGGCAGUACUGGCGCUGCAAUUGGUCAACAAUCAAAUGUUAAUAGUGAAAACAUUCCAAGAAUAUCAUCCACUACUGUUGGAAAGUCUAAACUACAUAGAUCUGCCAGCACUGGACGAUUGCCAAGUGCCUCAUAUGAAACAACCAAUAGGAUAUGCUUAGAAAGUACAAAACAGUAUAAUAAAAACACUGGAAAGUUCAAAAUUGGUCCCAAGGAUGGCAGUGGAGAUGCUUAUUGUAAUUAAUCAUGAUACAAUUAAUUCAGACAAUUUAAUAUUAAGGCACUGAGAAGCAGCAGCUAAGUAAAUUAAGAAUUUGUUUUUAUUGUAAGCAACAUUCAUAAUCAUUGGCAUAAUCAAGAUUAUUUUCCAAGGGGGGCCUGAUCUCUUAACACAGGUGCACUGUGUACUCUCAGACAUUCUUUGCGCAUAAUUAAAAGAUUCACUCAAGUCCUGAGAAUUCUGGGGUGGACAAGGCCCAUCUGCCCCCUGCUUCAAUAUGACUAUGUUCAUAUUAUCAUGGUGUAAAUUAUCACUAUAUCUCACAAAAGUCCACGAGUUUGAUUUUUACAAACAUUUAUUUAUUGACUAUGGUGAUCGAAGACAUCAAUAAUAAUGUUAAUGAAACCAGUUAAUAAGAUGGCACUUUUAUAGUAUCAUUUGAUAUAUUUAAAAAACAUAUAAUAUCUAUAUAUAGUGAAACAUUUUAUAUAUUUUUAACAGGACCGUUUUAAGCAUGUUUUACAUAAUGUGUAAAAAUCUGGAAAAAGAAGCCGGUUGCGGUUAAUAAAAAAUAUAAGAAAUGAAACAGAUUGUGCUGUGUGGAAUGCAUUCGUGACGGUUUUUUUUUAUGAAAAAUGGUGGCAUGGUAGAGCUGUUUAUACUAUUGGUGUACAAUGGCGCGACGCUAAUUUAAAAUGAAAUAAUAAGCAUGAAGUCAGUGCACAUCA